AUGGCAGCUCCCAAUACUGGAGAUGCGGGCAUUUCGCUUCCAUCCAAAAUCCCAUUUUGGCGUCUCGUCUUCGACCAAAAAGUUAUCACUGAUGAAGUAGCUCGAUACCCAUACGCUGGUUCCGGCACCGAAGAUGAUCCUUACGCUGUCGUCUGGAUACCACGCGAUCCCCGCAAUCCAAUGAACUUUAGCACCGUCAAGAAAUGGUCCGUCACAAUCCUGGUAUCAUUCGUCACUUUAGCUGUCGCGUUAGUGUCAUCCGCCUACUCAGGUGGAAUGAGCCAAAUCAUCGAGCAAUUCGGUGUAGCUGAAGAAGUCGUUAUCCUCGGAGUGUCACUCUUUGUUCUCGGCUUCGCCAUCGGGCCUCUCAUUUGGGCGCCUCUGAGUGAAAUAUUUGGUCGUCGUCAUAUCUUCACUAUCAGCUUUGCUUUCUUGACUGCGUUCAACGCCGGCGCGGCAGGUUCGAAAAAUAUUCAAACCUUGAUCAUUCUCCGGUUCUUGGCAGGAUGCUUUGGCUCUUCACCAUUCGGUAAUGCAGGAGGUACAAUUGCAGAUAUGUUUCCUGCCUCGCAGCGUGGAAUCGCGAUCAGUUUCUUUGCUGCCGCUCCGUUCUUGGGUCCGACAAUUGGUCCUAUCAUUGGAGGCUUUCUUGCUACUGGAGCUGGGUGGCGAUGGGUUGAGGGCUUCCUCGCUGCCUUCUCUGGUGCGCUAUGGCUCUGUAUCAUCUUUCUUCUCCCAGAGACAUACGCGCCUGUUCUCCUCCGUCGGAGAGCCGCGAAGUUAUCUGAGAUGACUGGCCAAGUGUACCGGAGCAAGCUUGAUAUCGAGCGUGGGCCUAUCCCAAUGAGCAAAACGCUCAAGACUGCCCUAUCACGUCCCUGGAUCUUACUUUUCCGUGAGCCAAUCGUCCUUCUACUUUCCAUUUAUAUGUCGAUUAUCUACGGCACUCUCUACAUGCUCUUCGCCGCCUACCCGAUUGUAUUCCAGGAAGUCCGGGGCUGGAGUGAAGGCAUCGGUGGCCUUGCCUUCUUAGGUAUUCUGGUCGGCAUGAUCAUCGCCGUCGCGUAUACAUUCCCAGAAAAUUUUCGAUACGCCAAAAAAUGCAGCCAAACUACCGAUCGUCUUGCCCCAGAGGUCCGACUACCCCCUAGCAUGGUCGGAGGUAUCGCGCUGCCGAUCGGAUUAUUCUGGUUCGCCUGGACAAACUCACCCAGCAUCCACUGGAUGGUGUCUAUUGCCGCGGGAGCCCCAUUCGGAUUCGGCAUGGUUCUCGUAUUCCUCAGUGUGUUCAAUUACCUCAUCGACUCGUACACGAUCUUUGCCGCCUCAGUCCUAGCCGCAAACUCCGCCCUUCGAUCCCUAUUCGGCAUGGCCUUCCCGCUCUUCACAACAUACAUGUAUCAAAAUCUCGGAAUCCACUGGGCCUCCUCCAUUCCCGCAUUCUUAUCUCUCCUCUGUGUUCCCUUUCCGUUUAUCUUCUACAAAUACGGAGCUCAGAUCCGCCAACGGUGCACCUACGCUGCUGAGGCGGAUGCAUUUAUGCGCCGGCUGGCUGAGAAGAACCAAGCAGAGACUCGACAGGAGCCUGCUGCGAUUGAAACAGAGAAGCCUGUCCUCCAGGCAGUUGUCUCUGGCGAGAUGAGUGAUAGCGACAGUCUGUCAACUGUUCCUUCGCGUAUCAGUAUCGGACGUCGUGCAUCUCGAGCAUCGCGAAUGUCUCGCCAUUCUGGCCCGUCAUUGCAUCGUACUGCCACUGCGACGCAAUAUGAAGAGAACCCUUAUGAUUUGGAUUUAGUCAAUACCCGGCAAUCAGCUAUCAGCACUCAUCGCUAG